CCCAGCCCUGUUUCUUACCUUAACAGUGACAGUCACUGUUUAGGCUGAAAUCAAAAGCCAUCAUCUCAGACUGCUGUAGGCAUACCAAGGCUUCACUAAAGUGCAUCUGAAAACAACUUGUCUCAAUAUACUUUCUUCCUGCAGGCUACAAAAUACAAAUGGAAGAAACAAACAUAACUGAAGAUCUGCAUUUAAAAUGUAUCUUGCUCGGAACUAAAGGAUCAGGAAAAAGUUCAACAGGUAACACAAUACUGGGACGGCAAGCAUUCACAUCAACGAAAAGCGGUCUGCCUGAUGUAGCUGCUGAAGUUGGUGCUGUUAAUGGAAUUCCAAUCAUUGUUUAUGACACACCAGGAUUUUCUGGUACAGAGAGUGACAAAGAGCUUAAGAAAUAUGAAGAGGUUCUGCAGAAAUGUAAAUCGGGUAUCUGCAUUUAUCUGCUGGUUCUCCAGCUAGACAGAUUUACCCAAUAUGAGCAAGAAACUGUAAGGAAGAUCGAAGAACUGCUGGGAGAAGAAUGCAUAAAGGACACCUGGAUUCUCUUCACUGGAGGUGACAAACUAGAAAAAAUAAACAUGAGCAUACAAAAAUUCAUUCAGGAGUCUGAAGCCUUGAAGAAGCUUGUUCAGAAAUAUGAGGGCAAAUACCAUGUGUUCAACAACAAGCAUACAGAAGAACAUGGUAGUGACCAAACUACUACAUCUCUGAUAAAGAAAAUUUUCCUGAGAAAAAGAGAGAAUCUCUCCAAAAAUAAAUUUCAAAGAAUUUCCCCCAAAAACCAGGAUAUUUCUGCUGACAGCCGUUCAUUCAGAAGCAUCGUGCUGCUGGGUAAAACUGGUACUGGGAAGAGUGCUGCUGGAAACACAAUACUCGGAAAAAAUGCAUUCAAAUCUAAGAGGGGAACAGUCUGUGUAACUCGUGAAUGUUCAAAGGUACAAGCUACUGUGUCAGGCAGGGAAGUAUUAAUAGUUGAUACUCCUGGAUUCUGUGACACAGGCAUGGGAAAUGAAAAGAUAACGGAGGAGAUAGGAAAAAGUGCUUAUUUUUCCAGCCCUGGACCACAUGCUUUUCUUAUUGUUUUUAGAAUAACUGACAGAUUCAGUGAGCAGGAACAGGAGAUUCCUCAGAAAAUUGAGAGUAUAUUCGGUGAGGAAGUGUUAAAAUAUUCCAUCAUUCUCUUCACUCAUGAAGAUCAGUUAGAUGGAGAGCCCAUAGAGGAACUCAUUGAGGAAAGCAGUGCAUUACAAAAUCUAAUUAAACAAUGUGGAGGCAGAUAUCAUGUCUUUAACAACAAAGAUCAGAACAGAGAGCAGGUCAAUGAUCUACUGCAGAUGAUUGACAAAAUGUUAGGGCAGAAUGGAGGAGGGCCUUACAGUAAUGAGAUGUUUGAAGAUGCUUUGAAAUUGGGACAAGAAGACCCAAAUAAUGGACUUAUGCAGUUUUUAUUGAAGUAUAAGAAGUAUAUUUAUAUUGGAGCUAUUGCAGCUGGUUUGCUACUUGGUGGUGUAGUUGGAGGAUAUGUAGUUUGUAAAGGUGGAGCUGCUGUUAGUGUAUCUGUAGCUGGUGCAGCUGCAGCUGCCAGCAUUGGAACUAUUAGUGGAGCUGCUAUUGGUGGAAUUUCUUGUGCAGUUGCUGGUGGCGAUUCCAGCAAAAUUAUUGAAGGAGCUAUUGGUGGAGGUGUUGUUGGUGCAGGUGUGUUUGGUGGAGCUGCUGUUGGUGCAGCUCUUAGUGGAAUUGUUGGUAAUGCUGUCAUUGCUGGAGCUGUUGGUGGUGGAGCUGCUGCUGGAGCUGCCAUUGGUGGAACUGUUAGUAGAACUGUUGAUGGAGCUAUUAGUUGUGGAGUUGCAGUUGGUACAGCUGUUGUUAAUGGAGCUAUAGAUGUAGCUACCAUCAGUAAAACUGUUAAAAAAUAGUGGUGCAUCUGCUAAAGCUAUUCUGUGUAGCUCUUACUAAAGCUGUUGAAAAGGUUGUUAGUGGUAAUUAAGUUUCUAAAACAAGUCUGUUAUCACUGUAAUUGCUAGAAGACAUAAGUAAAAAUAUUCUUAACGUGUGUCUUACAGAGCUCCUUUCACUCACCACUGAGAUUCACACUUACGAUAAAUGCACGUUUAACUUUCAUAUUAUAUUAAGAUAAAUCAGUCAGAAACACUACAAAAAACUAUUUUAAUUCAAAUAAAAAUACUUAUAUCAUAAUUUUUGUUUGUUGUUAAAGUAGUCACUGCAUCUUAAUGUUCAAAAAUACUUUUGAAUAAAGUUUUUACAUUUAGAGCAAGAAAACAUGUAAUAUAUUUUUUUCAGUGUGUUUUUAUAAAUGCAUGCUGUUUUUAAUAAAUGCACAAACCAUUGAAAAUAUAGCGUAAGAUAAAUCUUCAUAAGGUUGCAAAACCUUAUUUUAUUUUAGAAAUGUAAAAAAUAUACUGAUAUCUUAAAGUUGAUUUUAUGUUAAUGAUUCUGAUGCAGUCACUAGAUGUUCAUAGAGUAAAGCUUCUGACAAAAGUUUAAUCUUUGAGUCUUUUGGGGUAUUUUCCACAGCAAAUUCUAAACUAGUUACUGAUUAAAGCACAUGGCAUGUCCUUGUUCUUCCCAUAUGUAUUUAUGUCAACACAAAAAAAGAGCACCCAUAUGUAUUUAUGUCAACACA